GGCACGCUGCAAGGGUUUGACCAAGCGACGAAUUUGAUCCUGGACCAAAGCCAUGAAAGAGUGUAUUCAACCAAGCAAGGGGUGGCGCAACUUGUGCUUGGCGUCUCCAUUAUCCGUGGCGAUAAUAUAGCUGUUGUUGGGGAGCUCGAUCAAGAGCUGGACUCCAACCUGGACCUGAAUGCGCUCAGGGCGGCACCACUGAAACCUGUAACCCAUUAAAUGGCAUCGCUGAUUCUCUGGUUUAUAACUCGGUAGUACCUGGCUAGUACCUGCCUAUACUGUCUAUGUGGGGUAAGCUAGACGUGGUACAUUACUAUGCUAAGCUGAUUGUAUGACAGAGCUUUGCUGUACUUAGUACCUGGCUGUCCCAGCUAUGUGCUAAGAAUGGCGGAGAUCUGCUCUACUUUGUACCUACCGAUACUGAUGGUGCUAAGUAUAGCAGACCUCUACCGUACUUAGUAUCCAGAUAGGCUAGCUACGCUUAGUAUGGUUUAGUACCCGUCUAGUACCUGGCUAGUACCUGGCUAUACUGUUUAUGUAGCUAUGCUUAGUAUGACUUAGUACCUGUCUAGUACCUGUCUAGUACCUGGCGAUACUGCCUGUGUGUGCUAAAGUUAGACGUGGUACUUCGCUAUGCUAUGCUGAUUGUAUGGCAGAGCUCUGCUGUACUUAGCACCUGGCUAUACUGUCUAUGUGUGGUGAAGUUGGAUGUGGUACUUUGCCAUGCUAUGCUGAUUGUAUGCCAGAGCUCUGCUAUACUUAGCACCUGGCUAUACUGUAUAUGUGUGGUGAAGUUAGACGUGGUACUUGCUAUACUAUGCUGAUUAUAGCAAAGAGUUUCCUUCCAUGUUUGUUAUGCUUCCAAGCAAACUUGAGAGUUUAUGAAGCCAGGGAGUUUAGGUCAGCCAAAUUUGUCAGUAGACUCGGUACGUUUUUCAAUGUUUGCACCUUGCACGAGAAUGAGGCCAGGUUCGCACAACGUGCUUUGCAUAGUUUGCGCAUUACCCCCCGCCCCCACCUCCCACAGGCAAUCUUUUUUUCAAAUGUUCUUUGUUUGGCAAAACAUUCAGACUUUGAACAAAAGCUUUGUUCAUCACGUGAGAAGACGAAUUGCAUGAGGCUCCCGCCCCCCCACCCCCACCCCCAUAGGGGGGUGAUAAGCUUUUUCAAGAGGGAUUUCGCACCUAUAUGCUUUCAGCGGCUCUUCGAUGAGGUAGAUAUCGAGCGCACUACCAUCGGUGGCGUACCGUCUAUAGAUAGAUAUUUGUCGAUUGGAUUGCAGCAAAUCGGGUUCGCACUAUCAAAUGAGAUAGCACUUGUACUAUGGGUCUUGUGAAUCUGGAUCUCCAUAUGGUUGAGUUUGCACAGUUGCCCUUCUUCGGCGGACUAUGAGUUUGCACAGUUGCCCUUCUUCGGCGGACUAUGUUUGCACGCUUACACCAUUUGACGAGCACAAAUUCACAAUCAAACGGUCUUUUUGAAGUUUCGGAUGUGGAUCGUGCAGUGAGUUAUUGGAUUCGCUCAGGGGCGUACUCGCAAAGAUCUGUUAGACUGAGCCCUGGACGUGAUAAUUUGUGAUUGCUGUCACAUGCCAGUGUUUCUGGCCGUAAUUGUGGUCUUUAGGACAGUGCUAGCGUGAGUCUGCCCUCCGUAGCAUUCAAUAUCAUUGAGUCAGCCUUAAACAUAUUUGCAUCACGUCAAUCAAGCUUCGGUUGCGCUGGAUCAGAUGAGAGCAGAUCAGGUUGUCUGUACUCGUUAGCGCUGUGGGAUUGAGAUGCGGCACCAGCGCCAUCUGAUGUGCUAGGGGGUUCGCUCGUGAUGGAAGAUGAUGAUGCAUCAUCCGGUCUGGUGGCUCUUCUGCGGGCGGACUAGUUGCGGGAAGAACUUAGCUCUAGGAUAGAAUAGAAUAGGCAGGGGGAGGAUUGGGGAGGAGUGUAUGUAGUAGUAAUAUGACGACCCAAGGAGAGCGGGUGUAGUGCCGUCCUGGACUUUUGUAAACGCAUAAUGAAACCGAAAGCGAGAUCUGGGGAGAGAGAACGCAGUGGCAUCCUGGCCCUUUGUGAGAGCAAGCUGGAGGGGAAAGAGAGAACUGCUGCUGGAGUGAAGUGAAUGAAUGCCGGUGUGAAGA